UUAGCGCGGGCUCCUGGGGCCGCACCAUGGCGGGUAUCGCAGCCAAGCUGGCCAAGGACCGGGAGGCGGCCGAGGGGCUGGGCUCGCACGAGAGAGCCAUCAAGUACCUCAACCAGGACUACGAGGAGCUGCGGAACCAGUGCCUGGAGGCCGGGGCGCUCUUUCAGGACCCCUCCUUCCCUGCUUUGCCGUCGUCCCUGGGCUUCAAGGAGCUGGGACCCUACUCCAGCAAAACUCGGGGCAUCGAAUGGAAGCGACCCACGGAGAUCUGCGAUGAACCCCAAUUUAUUGUUGGUGGAGCCACCCGCACAGACAUCUGCCAAGGAGCCCUGGGUGACUGCUGGCUGCUGGCUGCCAUCGCCUCCCUUACCUUGAAUGAAGAAAUCCUGGCUCGAGUCGUCCCCCUAGACCAGAGCUUCCAGGAGAACUAUGCAGGGAUCUUCCGCUUCCAGUUCUGGCAGUAUGGCGAGUGGGUGGAGGUGGUGGUGGACGACAGGCUGCCCACCAAGGAUGGAGAGCUGCUCUUUGUGCAUUCAGCUGAGGGGAGCGAGUUCUGGAGUGCCCUGCUGGAGAAAGCCUAUGCCAAGAUCAACGGGUGCUAUGAAGCGCUCUCUGGAGGUGCCACCACCGAGGGCUUUGAGGACUUCACAGGAGGCAUUGCUGAAUGGUAUGAGUUAAAGAAGGCCCCUCCCAACCUGUUCAGGAUCAUCCAGAAGGCUCUGCAGAAGGGUUCCCUCCUUGGAUGCUCUAUUGAUAUCACCAGCGCCGCGGAUUCCGAGGCCAUCACAUAUCAGAAGCUGGUGAAGGGACACGCGUACUCGGUCACCGGAGCCGAAGAGGUUGAAAGUGCAGGAAGCCUACAGAAACUGAUCCGAAUCCGAAAUCCCUGGGGAGAAGUGGAGUGGACCGGGAAGUGGAAUGACAACUGCCCAAACUGGAACACUGUAGACCCAGAGGUGAGAGAAAGGCUCACCAGACAGCAUGAGGACGGGGAGUUCUGGAUGUCUCUCAGCGACUUCCUGAGGCACUAUUCCCGCUUGGAGAUCUGCAACCUGACCCCCGACACACUCACCAGUGAUUCCUACAAGAAGUGGAAACUCACCAAGAUGGAUGGGAACUGGAGGCGGGGCUCCACUGCAGGAGGCUGCAGGAAUUACCCAAACACUUUCUGGAUGAACCCUCAGUAUCUGAUCAAGCUAGAGGAGGAGGAUGAGGAUGAGGAGGAUGGGGAGAGCGGCUGUACCUUCCUGGUGGGCCUCAUCCAGAAGCAUCGGCGGCGGCAGAGGAAAAUGGGCGAGGACAUGCACACCAUUGGCUUUGGCAUCUACGAGGUUCCGGAGGAGUUAAGAGGGCAGACCAACAUCCACCUCAGCAAAAAAUUCUUCCUGACCACUCGAGCCAGGGAGCGGUCAGACACGUUCAUCAACCUCCGGGAGGUUCUCAACCGCUUCAAGCUGCCCCCAGGAGAGUACAUCCUCGUGCCCUCCACCUUUGAACCCAACAAGGACGGGGAUUUCUGCGUCAGGGUGUUUUCCGAGAAGAAAGCUGACUACCAAGUUGUCGAUGACGAAAUUGAGGCCAACCUUGAAGAGAUCGAUGUCAGCGAGGAGGACAUCGAUGAUGGAUUCAGGAGGCUGUUUGCUCAGUUGGCAGGGGAGGAUGCAGAGAUCUCUGCCUUUGAACUCCAGACCAUCUUGAGGAGAGUUCUGGCAAAGCGUCAAGAUAUCAAGUCAGAUGGCUUCAGCAUUGAGACUUGCAAAAUCAUGGUGGACAUGCUGGAUUCGGAUGGGAGCGGCAAGCUGGGGCUGAAGGAGUUCUACAUUCUCUGGACAAAGAUUCAGAAAUACCAAAAAAUUUACCGGGAAAUCGAUGUUGACAGGUCUGGUACCAUGAAUUCCUACGAGAUGAGGAAAGCACUAGAAGAAGCAGGUUUCAAGAUGCCCUGUCAACUUCACCAAGUGAUCGUUGCUCGGUUUGCUGAUGAUCAGCUCAUCAUCGAUUUUGAUAAUUUUGUACGGUGUUUGGUUCGGCUGGAAACGCUAUUCAAGAUCUUUAAGCAGCUGGAUCCCGAAAAUACUGGAACGAUAGAGCUCGACCUUAUUUCUUGGCUCUGUUUUUCAGUACUUUGAAGUCAUAAUUCAUCGACCUGAAGACUUCUCAUGGGAAAAAAAAAAAAAUCAGCCAAGGACUACCAGACAAAAAUUUUGUAUCUGGACCUUGAAAUUAUGGGAACAUUUACUUAAACUGAUGAUUAUAGCUGAAAAAUACUAUUUGAGAUAGCAAAAAACUUUCACAUAUCAAAGAAAAAGAUUUGCAUAUCAUUAUCCAACAGGCAAGUGAGUCACUUAACCCUUGAUAAGCUAAAGGAAAGCUUUAAACUUGUAAAUAGAAUACACUUUUUACUUUUACACACUCUCCUGUUCAUAGCAAUAUUAAAUCAAUAUUAAAUCAGGAAGAAAAGCAGCUGAGCAAACAUAAGUCAAUCUCAAAGGCCACAAGGCCCUUGCUGGAAAUAUUUAAAGCAACUUCAAGUUUUAAAAUGCAGCUGUGAUAUCUACCAAACAGCAGCUCAGAGCCUGCCAUUUUCCUAGAGCAAACCAGAUAUAGGGUGCACCAUAAAGUCGUAUUUACUCUCAUGGCAUCUAAAAACUCUAGGGGAAAAAGCUUACCUUACAUCAUUUGGAUUAAACAAGAGACAGGUUUUAUAUAAUAUUGACUGGUAACAGUGAGUCAUUCUUAAACUCAAGUCCUUGAGCAUAUUUGGCCUUAAUUAAGGAGUUAGUUAGUCUUCUAAAUACUGAAGGGAUUCUACUCGUGAUCAUCUGAAGCAGUGUGCCAAAACCACACAUCCAGUUUGCAAACUGUCAAUGAUAAAGGACAAAACAAGCUGUUGGCCGCCUCGAAAGUUUAUGUACUUCAUUGCUACUAGUAUGUGCAUCGGGUUAGGGAGGACACUGCUGAGCAGCUCUUAUGGAAAUGAUGCAAGCUGGUUUCCUGGCUUUGGACUCCGGAAAAUGUUAACAACAUUAUAAAAAUAUUGCCUCUGUUGCCUUAUCGCCUUCCAAAUGUCCUGUUAAAUAAAGGGUUGUCCCAUGCAGUCACA